CUCUUUCAUGUGCUUUCUUCAACACUCAACAGCUUUGCAAAGUCGAAAGUGAGAAAGGCGGCAAGUCCGCCCCGCCUCGCGAUCACGCUAACGGCUCUCUUGGUUUUUCCGAUCGUCCUUUCCGCCUCCGAUCCACUUUUCCGUUCAAAGGGCAUUUGCAUUCGUCGCUGGGAGUUCCGGAAUCACACUUCCAGACCUUUACUUCUUGUUCGAGAAAUUAGGGUUUCCGGAAACCCUAGCCUCGUCAGUUCUCGCUCUCUCCAACAUUGCCUGUAUUUUCCCUUUACUGCGAUCCAUCCAAUAUGGUGGCGGAAUCAGCUUCCGCCACCAACCCCCUGUUGUCUCUGCCGGUGGGCUAUCACUUUAGCCCUAGCGAUGAAGAGCUCGUGGAGUAUUACCUGAAGAAGAAAGCUAGAGGAGAGAGUUUCCCGUACAAUGUGAUUCCAGAUUGCGAUCUCUACGGCGACAAGUCUCCGUGGGAGAUUUUUCCCCGGGAUGCCGGAACAGGAAGAGAUAGGUUUUUCGUCUUCACCCGGCUUAAGAGGUUAAGUAAGAAGAGGAUUUCGCGGACAGCAUCGAUUGGAGAAUGGCAUGGCAACACUGCCGGUGCGCCCAUUGUUGACGGGAAGAACAAUGUGACUGGGGCUAGGAGACAGUUUGUUUUCAAGUUGAAGAAAGGGAAAGAAGGAAGUGGCUCGGGAGCUCUUGUGGGGCAUUGGAUAAUGCAUGAGUAUUCACUGGCUGGAAUGGAUUCUGACAUUGUGCUGUGUGAAAUUGAAAACAAGGAGAAGAAAAGGUUGAGAGUUGAUGAAAGGGUGUUGUGGGAGACUGUAAACAAGGGAAGUAAAAGGCUCCGGAUGGAUGAAGAGGGAGCUUUCUUGACUGCCACAGAAGAUGCUGCUGUAUCGUCAUCGUCAUCAUCAUUGUCGGAAAUGGUUGCAGAGUUAGCUAGUGACCUUCCUUUCUCGCCCUCUGUUAGACACUCAGCUGAACAGGUAUCAAUUCAAUGUGAGGUGCAGGCAGUAUCAACGAAGAAUGCUGGAUUGAUUUGUGGAGAGCCUUGUGACAUUCUUGCUGUAUCAACGAAGAAUGCUGAAGAGGAGAUCAUGUCUUCCCUUCAAAGUUCAAUCAACAAUCCCACGACAUCCUCAUCUUCAUCAUUGAUUCCAGUAGCUUCAGCUUACGAUUUGGAUGUUUAUCAGCCUCAAGGUGACUUUUCGGGAGAUCUUCAAUUUGGAUUCCUUACAAGCUGUGGAACAUCAGAGUUGUUUGAUCAACCAAUGUUCGACUUCGAUGAUAACUUUUGCAACCUACUCGAGUUCGACACCAGUAUUGAACUCGACAUGACUGGUUUGUGGUAGGUGUGAGGUCUUGUUUGAUUUCCAUUUUACUAAAUGCUAAGUGAUAGUUGCUUGACUGCUUGUCAAGCUUCUUAUAUCACUUAAUGGUUUAAACUACUAUGUCUGUGUAUAUUUUUUGCGGUAAUGGUUUGUAUUAGAGGCAGAAGCAGGGAGCGGAAGAGAUUGGGUUCUUUUCCUCACUUCAGGAUGGAAGGUUUGCAGGCAACUUCAACGUUUUGAGAUUUCGAUUGAGUGACCCAUUUCUUCUCUGCAAUUUCAGGAGUCACAAUUGGUGUUUCUGCAUCUUGCUGAUGCAAUUCCACAAGUUAUGCGCAACGCAGCCUCGAUUAGGAAAAGCUGAUUGCUAAGCUCCAUACUUUGAGGUGCUUAUGAAGGAUAGCAGGAGGAACAAAAACCACACUACCUUGCUCAGCUUGGCAGAAAGGAUAACCAAAAUAAGGGAUUGAAUGAACCAUGAUGAGUUUGGAGUGUUGUUGAUUGAGGCCCUGCUGCUUCAUAUUAUAACUCUGUUGCUUGUCAUUGAUUUCAUUUGAUAUAAUUAUAUGCAAUUUGGCUAUUGCUUGAUAGCCUCUUGCAUUAUUGCUGCUUUCUCUGUGUUUAUUUAUGGACCGAAUUCUUCAUCUAACUUGUAUUUUUUAACCUAAUCAUGCAGGGACUAAUAUAUUGGGCUGUUCCCCUGGAGAGUGCUAUAGUUUCAGUUCUUCGCCUCCUCGACAAAUUGGGAAGGCUGGACAUGUCUGCUCUAGUCAGUGAAGUGAGUUACGGCUAGAGGGUGGAGGAGACUCUCUGUCUCUCGGUUAGGGUUGAAGCUACAACAAGUUGUGAACUGAACUGAAGGCCUAGCUCGAGAGUUUUCCAGUGGGAGCAGCAGAAGCUGUAUUUUGAUUAGCCUGACACUAUAGUUGUAACUGUGUGGUAGUAUCAGGGGUAGUAACAAAGCUUCUGUAAACUGGUAAGCGCAGUGGAUUAGUCAUUGUAAGCUGCAAUUGGCUGCUCUUUGUACUCAGCAUCCUGCCUGCUGGUUUUUUUGGUAGUAGUUUGGGAUGUUUCUUUUGUUGCAGCCAUGCGAUGCAGGUUGCCUUUACUAUUCAUCUCUCCUGCACUGAAUCAUGGUCACCUAUAGUAUUCGGUGGCUCUUUUGUAUAUAUAACAUAAUUAAAUUUUAGUGUCAAGGAAACUCAAACUCUC